UCACAUAAUGCACCUUGUUUCAGUCAUUCAGCGGGGUGUGUGGGCUGUGUUGCUCUGGCCUAACCUCCUCGCCUCAAGUGUCCCACUAGACUGCAGGGAAGAGCAGGGUAUCCUCUCGCGCUGCCCUUCCAUCUCCCAGGAGAAACUUCUCGACCGAGUCAUCGAGCACGCUGAGCUCAUCUACCGCGUCUCAGAAGAAUCGUGCUCUUUGUAUGAGGACAUGUUUAUCCCUUUGCAGUUCCAGAGGAACCAAGUUGGCUACGCGUGCAUCACCAAAACCUUACCCGUCCCCAGCUCCAAGAAUGAAAUCCAACAGAUAUCUGACAAAUGGCUGCUCCACUCGGUGCUGAUGCUGGUCCAGUCCUGGAUCGAGCCUUUGGUCUACCUGCAGACCUCGCUGGAUCGCUACAACGCCGCUCCCGAGAUGCUCCUCAACAAGACCAAGUGGGUGUCUGAGAAACUGAUCAGUCUGGAGCAAGGGGUGGUGGUCCUCAUCAAGAAGAUGUUGGAUGAGGGGAUGCUGACCAUAAACCACAGUGAGCAAGGCCUCCUCCAGAAUGGCGUCCAGCCGCAGAUGCUGGAAUCAGUGAUGCGGGACUACACCUUACUCAGCUGCUUCAAGAAAGACGCCCAUAAGAUGGAAGCUUUCCUGAAGCUCCUCAAGUGUCGCCAAACCGACAGAUACAACUGCUCAUAAGACAUAAAGUGUAGCUUUUUAAUAAUAUAUAUUGAAAUGAAUUCCUUGAGGUUAGAAGCCGCGCAUUCGUAGAUAUGACCAUGCCUUGGGCGAAUCCGCCUCGCUCGCCAUGCAGCACAUUCUUUAUUGACUUUUUUUGGAAUACCUUUACACAGAAAUAAGUAGGUGUAAUGCUGUGCCCUUUCCACGGCAUACUGCAUUUCAUAUUUCCCCUGCUCAGUUGUUAUUUUAACCUGGCAAAGGCAACAGAGGGCAAACCCCCAAAAGAUUAUUUGCGUGUCAAGCUGUCAAAAAAAAUCUGCAUAUCCUGCCAUUGAUUUCCAUUUCCUUUUGUUCUUAACUGGAGUUUGUAUUCCGCGCUGGCUCUUGCAGUGUUUUGAUUAUUUCCACGGCCCCCAGAGUAUUCAGUGAGACGGUUUCACUUCUGCAUUAGUGAAAUGAAACACUUUCACCGGAGACGGGAGUCAAACAGAGAGCAAUCACUCCCUUAAAAAAAAAAAAAAAAAAAAAACACCACACAUUUUGAUUGGUGCAAGAGAGUAUGAGGGAGGCAGAGAGAGAGAGAGAGAGAGAGAGAGAGAGAGAGAGAGAACACAUAAAAAUGAGAAGGAAGACUUAACUGGCGGUAUAGGAUACAGGUUGGGGUUUGCUGAAUUUCUAUGCCUAAAUGUGCCUAAUUUAACCUGAAUGUAAUAGAAGAAGUGUGUCAUUUACCGUAAAUGAUCAGGGGAGGUGCAGUUUACAUUUGAAUUGAUUGAUGAAUAUGUAUUCCAGUUUGCAAACAAUAUUUUUUUCUUUCUACCCUCAUAUGUAAAUAAGAAAAAAGCCCAACGUGCCUUCAGAACCUGUCUGCUGUUGAUUUAAGAAGCUAUGGUAGCAAAAUGUAGAUUAAAGAAAUGAGAAAAAGC